AUGACACUAGAUAUCUUGCACUUUAUCGACAACAAGGGAGGGAAUGCGGAGGAGAUUAGGGAGUCGCAGAGGAAGAGGGGGCUGUCUGUAGAGCUGGUUGACGAGGUUAUCCAGAUGUACACAGAUUGGGUUAAAAUGGACUUUGAGAUCAACCAACUGCGAAAGAAAGUCAAUGAUGUCCAGAAACAGAUUUCAGCCAAGAAGAAGGCCAAGGAAAAUGCAGACGAACUCGUCGCCGAGAAGAAGAGCAUCGACGCGCAGGUUGAGACUAAGAAGAAGGAGGCUAAGGAUUUUGAGGCUCUUAUGAGGCAAAAGGCUUGCCAAGUUGGAAACAUUGUCGGCAAGAACGUUCCCGUUAGCCUUACCGAGGACGACAAUGUCACCAUCAAGACUUGGGAUCCUACCGGAAACCUCGAAGAACCAGCUCCUCGUCCUGGUAUUCUCGCCCAUCACGAGGUUCUCCUCCGACUUGACGCUAUGGAUUUGGACCGAGGCGCCAAGGUCGCUGGCCACCGAGGCUACUACCUCACCAACGACGGUGUCGACCUCAACCAAGCCCUCAUCUCCUACGGCCUCGACUUCCUCCGCAAAAAAGGCUACAAGAAGAUCCAACCACCCUUCUUCAUGAACAAAGAUCAAAUGGCCAAAACCGCCCAACUCGACCAGUUCGACGAGGAACUCUACAAAGUCAUUGCCUCAGAAGACGAGAAAUAUUUGAUCGCCACCUCCGAACAGCCCAUCUCCGCCUUCCACUCUGACGAAUGGUUCGAGAGCCCCGAGACGCAGUUGCCCAUCAAGUAUGCUGGGUAUUCGACGUGCUUCAGGAAGGAGGCCGGUUCGGCUGGUAGGGAUAUGUGGGGUAUCUUCCGAGUUCACCAGUUCGAGAAGGUCGAGCAGUUCUGCAUCACGGAUCCGGAGAAGUCUUGGGAGAUGCUUGACCAUAUGUUGAACAACUCUGAAGAGUUCUACCAGAGCCUUGGGUUGCGAUACAGGGUCGUCGCCAUCGUCUCUGGCGCUUUGAACUUGGCUGCUGCCCAGAAGUACGAUUUGGAGGCAUACUUCCCCUUCCAGAGGGCGUACAAGGAGCUUGUUUCGUGCUCUAACUGCACAGAUUAUCAGAGCCGAAGACUUGAGAUCCGAUGUGGCCUGAGGACCAAGGACCAGACCCGCAAGGUGUACGUCCACAUGUUGAACGGCACCCUCUGUGCCACCGAGCGUGCCUUGUGCUGCUUGGUUGAGAACUACCAGACGCCGGAGGGCCUCGUUAUUCCCGAACCAUUGCGACCAUACAUGCAAGGCCGUGAUUUCCUGCCCUUCGUCAAGGAGUUGCCCAAGGGAUUGCAGCAGAAGAAGCAAACGUAG